AUGUCCAUCGCGGUCCCACCACCCCCAGGCUCGCCAACCGCCCCACCCCCGGCCGCACCGGGCUCCACCUCGCCCGCUCUGCCCGCCGACUUCCUCCCGCUGGCCACGACCAGCUCGGCACUGGCCAUCGACCCCGAGUUCACCCACAAGUUCUGCUCGGCAUGUCGCAAGAACGUCGAGCUCGCCAACUUCGCCACCAACCGCAAGAUCUGCAACCGCCACUCCUCCCAGCCCAUCGGCGCCGCCUCCGUCGCCUCCCCCGAAUCCGCCCUCUACCAGAUGCGCUCCAUGAAGUUCUGCCAGGGCAUCCCCCACAGAACCGAGCAGAAGAAGGUCCUGGACAUCUACGUCGACUACGACGCUCUGCUCGACUGGCUCGACCAACGCAAAGAUGUCGACCCCAGAGUCGACCGGGUCCGGAGGAUCCCAAAGGAGAACGACGACGACCUCAUCAACGAUCCAAACGGCCAGAUCACCUUGGCCAGAAGACAUGCAACCCGUGAAGCCCGUCGGGUCCGCGACUUCAUCUUCAUCGGCACCGGCCUAUUAUUCAUACAUAAGACCGUGGCCGUCGGGCAAAAGCUUCAAUGGACCUGCCAGUCCAGAUGUUCCCAGUCGGACCGUCUCAAGGGCGGGCGGGACGGAUCGAGACGGCACAGCGACUCGAAACGACCCAGCACAUCCCGGACCCGAUAUCCAUGCCAGGGCACGACGACGGUCAGCCUCUUGCACCAGCAGCCCGGCCAGCGCCGCCUCCUGCAUCUCGUCAUCAAACACGGCUAUGUGCAUGGGCCGCACGACGACCGCAAUCGGGAGCCACUGCUGGGCGACUUGCUGCCCGAAACAGACUUCCAGGUGAUCGACCCUGCGCUGCGAAACUGCUCGGCGGCCAACGAGCCUUCCAAGCCGCUCAGCUCGUCCUCGGCCGGCAAGGACGACCGGCUGCUGCUCAAGUCCUCGCCCUCGCGCGACAUCUUUGUCGACCAUCAGCUGCUCGACCAGCAGCUCCAGGACGACGAACACCAGACGAUGAUCACGGAGCUCAAACAGCUUCUCGACGACGACGAGAGCCGGAACAAGCUCGUCAAGAAACUCGUCCUCGACCAGCAACUCCAGCUCCAGCUCCCCCCUUCCUCCGACCUGCCCAUCGACAGCCACCAGCAUCUCGUCCACCAGAAACUACCUAUCCUCCGCGACUUCUUCCACAAACGCGCCCAGCUCAUGAUCGACUUGGAUCCUCUCAUCCAAGCCGACCCACAGAAGGCUCACAUCGACCAUCAGGAUCACAACAUAGACGUUGCCAUGGUCCUAGACCCUUAUAGUAGCCAAUAA